AUGCGGCAGGUUUGCUGCUUAGCGCUGCCGCCGCCGCCGCCGCCAGUGGAGAAGGCUCGGUGCAGCAGCUUCAGCGACAGCAGCAGCAGCGAGAGGAGCAGCAGCAGCAGCGGCAGCGGCAGCAGCGGCGAGAGCGGCAGGAGCAGCAGCAGCCACAUCAACAGCAGCAGCAUCUCUCGUCCCGCUGCGCCCCCAAAGCUGCGGCCGCCGCAACAGCCGCAGCCCCGCAGCCCCGCAGCCCGGAGAGCCGCCGCCCGCUCGCGAGCCGCAGCCGCCGGAGGCAUGAGGCGCGACCCGGCCCCCGGCUUCUCUAUGCUGCUCUUCGGUGUGUCGCUCGCCUGCUACUCGCCUAGCCUCAAGUCGGUGCAGGACCAGGCGUACAAGGCGCCCGUGGUGGUGGAGGGCAAGGUACAGGGGCUGGCCCCGGCCGGAGGCGGCUCCAGCUCCAACAGCACCCGCGAGCCGCCCGCCUCGGGUCGGGUGGCGCUGGUGAAGGUGCUGGACAAGUGGCCGCUCCGGAGCGGGGGACUGCAGCGCGAGCAGGUGAUCAGCGUGGGCUCCUGUGCGCCGCUCGAAAGGAACCAGCGCUACAUCUUUUUCCUGGAGCCCACGGAGCAGCCCUUGGUCUUUAAGACAGCCUUUGCCCCUCUCAACACCAACGGCAAAAACCUCAAGAAAGAGGUGGGCAAGAUCCUGUGCACUGACUGCGCCACUCGGCCCAAGCUGAAGAAGAUGAAGAGCCAGACGGGACAGGUGGGUGAGAAGCAAUCGCUGAAGUGCGAGGCAGCAGCCGGUAACCCUCUGCCCUCCUACCGCUGGUUCAAGGACGGCAAGGAGCUCAACCGCAGCCGGGACAUCCGCAUCAAGUAUGGCAAUGGCAGAAAGAACUCACGACUCCAGUUCAACAAGGUGAAGUUGGAAGAUGCUGGGGAGUACGUCUGUGAGGCUGAGAACAUCCUCGGGAAGGACACCGUCAGGGGCCGGCUCUUCGUCAACAGCGUGAGCACCACUCUAUCAUCCUGGUCGGGGCACGCUCGGAAGUGCAACGAGACAGCCAAGUCCUACUGUGUCAACGGAGGUGUCUGCUACUACAUCGAGGGCAUCAAUCAGCUCUCCUGCAAGUGUCCUGUGGGAUACACCGGGGACAGGUGUCAGCAGUUCGCAAUGGUCAACUUCUCCAAGCACCUUGGAUUUGAACUAAAGGAAGCUGAGGAGCUGUACCAGAAGAGGGUCCUGACCAUCACUGGCAUUUGCGUGGCUCUGCUGGUGGUGGGCAUCGUCUGCGUAGUCGCCUACUGCAAGACCAAGAAACAACGGAAGCAGAUGCAUAACCACCUCCGACAGAACAUGUGCCCUGCCCACCAGAACCGGAGCUUGGCCAACGGGCCUAGCCACCCCCGACUGGACCCUGAGGAGAUCCAGAUGGCAGACUAUAUCUCCAAGAAUGUAUCCGCCACAGACCACGUCAUCCGGAGGGAAACGGAGACCACUUUCUCCGGGAGCCACUCCUGUUCUCCUUCUCACCACUGCUCCACAGCCACGCCCACCUCCAGCCACAGGCAUGAGAGCCACACAUGGAGCCUGGACCGUUCUGAGAGCCUGACCUCUGACUCCCAGUCGGGCAUCGUGCUGUCAUCAGUGGGCACCAGCAAGUGCAACAGCCCCGCGUGUGUGGAGGCCCGGGCACUGCGGGCGGCGGCCUACAGCCUGGAGGAGCGGCGCAGGGCUGCCGUGCCACCUUACCACGACUCCAUAGACUCCCUGCACGACUCCCCACACAGUGAGAGGUACGUGUCUGCCCUGACCACGCCCGCGCGCCUCUCUCCCGUGGACUUCCAUUACUCGCUGGCCACGCAGGUGCCGACUUUUGAGAUCACGUCCCCCAACUCGGCGCACGCCGUGUCGCUGCCUCCCGCCGCGCCCAUCAAUUAUCGCCUGGCGGAGCAACAGCCGCUCCUGCGGCAACCGGCGCCCCCCGGCCCGGGACCAGGGCCUGGGCCCAGCGCGGACAUGCAGCGCAGCUACGACAGCUACUACUACCCCGCAGCGGGGCCGGGGCCGCGGCGAGGGGCCUGCGCGCUGGGCGGCAGCCUGGGAAGCCUGCCCGCCAGCCCCUUCCGCAUCCCGGAGGACGACGAGUACGAGACCACGCAGGAGUGCGCGCCCCCGCCGCCGCCGCCGCGGCCGCGGGCCCGCGGCGCGUCCCGAAGGACGUCAGCGGGGCCUCGGCGCUGGCGCCGCUCGCGCCUCAACGGGCUGGCGGCGCAACGCGCACGCGCGGCGCGGGACUCGCUGUCGCUGAGCAGCGGCUCGGGAGGCGCCUCGGCCUCGGCCUCGGACGACGACGGGGACGACGCGGACGGGGCGCUGGCUGCCGAGAGCACGCCUUUCCUCAGCCUGCGCGCGGCGCACGACGCGCUGCGCUCGGACUCGCCGCCGCUGUGCCAGGCGGCCGACAGCAGGACUUACUACUCCCUGGACAGCCACAGCACGCGGGCCAGCAGCAGACACAGCCGCGGGCCGCUCCCACGGGGCAAGCAGGACUCGGGGCCCCUCUAG